GAGGUUUGGCAUAUAGAAGAACAAAUCCUCUUUCUUCUUUCUGUCUGUCUGUCCUCCAUUGUGUAGCCCCAAUUUUCUGCAACUAGGGUUUCUGCUUCUCCUCAGCAUUUCCAUUUCUCUGCUUGCGAUCUUCAUCUCUGUGAAGAUUUCACAACUGGGUCAGUCGAAAUUCUUGAAAAGAACAAAUAAAAAGCAAAAAAAUUGAAUCUUUUCUUGUUUCUUGAUUCUUGAUGGCAAAGACUAAACCAGGGAAAAAGGACCUUGAUUCUUACUCUAUCAAGGGUACCAACAAAGUCGUACGAGUUGGUGAUUGUGUAUUGAUGAGACCAUCCGAUUCGGAUAAGCCCCCAUAUGUGGCAAAAGUAGAUAGAAUUGAGGCAGACCAUCGCAACAAUGUGAAGGUCCGAGUUCAGUGGUACUACCGCCCCGAGGAGUCAGUUGGUGGACGCAGACAGUUCCAUGGGGCAAAAGAGCUGUUCUUGUCUGAUCACUAUGAUUUUCAGAGUGCACACACAAUUGAAGGGAAGUGCAUAGUGCACUCCUUCAAGAACUACACAAAGCUAGAGAAUGUGGGCCCUGAGGAUUACUUUUGUAGGUUCGACUACAAAGCUGCCACAGGAGGGUUCACUCCUGACCGUGUUGCUGUGUAUUGCAAGUGUGAAAUGCCCUAUAACCCGGACGAUCUCAUGGUACAAUGUGAAGGGUGUAAAGACUGGUUCCAUCCUAUUUGUAUGGGUAUGACCAUUGAAGAAGCAAAGAAAUUAGACCCUUUCUUGUGUUCUGACUGUUCAUCGGAAGAUGAUGCUAAACGACCUUUGAACUCUUUCCAUGUUGAGCCAAAGCUGGUUGUUAGGAGCUUUUAUUUACGUCGAAAGAGAGUGAUGGGCUCGGUAGGAAGUGGAGGAUUGCAUGUUUAGUCACAUGAUUUGUGAUAGUAUGUUAGUCUCCUUCACCCUAAAGGAAGGAGAAGGCUAGGACUGAGCAAAGGAUCUGCUUAGGUGAUGAUACCUAAUGUAUGAGACUAAUGAUCGAAAUCAAUGACUAAUGACCAUCUUAGUUGAUAAUUAGUCAUUGGAUUGCUUGCAUUUUGAUAGUUUGUCUCGUUACCCUAGUUGAAAGGAAUUCUGCAGUUUUAUCAUGUAUGGAUAAGAAGGAAAAUGAAUGUAAGGAAUAAGGGUGUUCAUGGUUUGGUUUGGUAUAGUUUUUAUCUAAACCAAAACCAAAUCAACUAUGUGGAUUUACUUUAAUGUAUACCUAAU